GUGUUACUAAGCUACCGAAAAAACUUAUAGUGUUGUGUAGAAUCUAAUUUCACGGUAUUGUUUCAUAGGAAACAUUAUUGUAUGAAUUAUCAGCGAUCACGUAAGAUGAAGCAAAGAUGUCGUCAACUUUAGAGGAGGUCAAGGAAUGGUUACAAAAUAUGGGGUAUCAGGGGGCUAUCCCUGAAACUUUGAAAAAUAUUUGCAAUGCUUCCACAUUCUUUAUCUGGAAACAAUUACUGGAGAACACAAAAAGUAAACAAGAAGUUGACUUUAUAAGGAAGAAUGUUCUGAUUAAUAGGUUGAGAUCAAAAGGAUUAACAAAUCAGCAGCAAGAAAUAAACGUUAUACCUGAAAUUGCAGCAUAUGAGAAACGAAUGCACUAUGAAAAGCAAGUGAAUUUAUUAAAACAGAGCCAUUCAAGCAAAGAAGAAACCAUUAAAAUGUUAAGUAGGAAAGUGAGAUUGUUGGAGGUUACUUUGCAACAUUUAAAGGCUAAGAAUAAAUCAACAAAUGAAAGAAUUCACUUACUGGAUAUAAAGAGUGAAAUCUUAAAUAAUGACAUACACAAUAUUAAAAAUAUUUUAACUGAAAUCACUAAUUUAUCACCAUCUGAAACUAAUGAACAUGAUGAAUUUGAAAUCAAGGAAAAGUUAAUUCACUGUGCAAAAGAAUUGAAACUGCUAUUAAAAGAACUACCUGAAAUAAAAACAGCUAUGAAAAGUAAUUGUUUGUCAAGGGAUUCAGCAACAAAAAAGAUAACACCAUUAUAUAACUUUGAACAAUUGCUUUUAAAGGCUGAGACAAAAAUGACUGAGCACAAAGUAACAAUAAUAAGGCAGAGUAGUCAUGACAAAAAGACAAAUUCGCUUAGAAAAGUCUCCAAGACACUAUUUUCUGAAGAAUCUGAUACAAUAAGUUAUUUGAAACAGGAUGAAUCAGGAGUGGCCAAGUCUCUUUUCACUCAAUCACAAGAACAUUUUCAAGAUGUGAAUACAAAGGAAUGUGAUUCUAUUUUCACUCAACAACUUACUGUAAACAAAAGAGAUACCAAUAGGGAAUCUUUAGGAAUAUUACCAGAUUACUAUUUUGAAGAUAUGGAUGAUGAUGAUAUCUUUAUGACUGGACCUAAACCUAAAGCUCCAGUUAUAAAUGAAAAUACAUUUGAAAGCCAAGAUGUAAAGUGUGUGAUAUUGGAACAUUCAGAAAGAUUUAAUUCUAGCAUUAAAAUAGAAAAUUUCCCAAAUUUGAACACUAGUAUAAAUAUUGAAUGUGAAGGCAAUGCUCUCUCAGAGGAGAAAAAAUGUAAUAUAAACAAAACAAUCACAUAUGAAGAUAUAAUUUCAAAGAAAACUGUGAUGAAUGUGUUAAGUAAUAUUAUGAGGAAAAAUGAUAGAAGAUAUAUUUGGCAAAUGUUACUAGAUUUGAAUGAUGAUAUAUCUUCAGAACUGAAAAAAUAUACUUUAGAGAAGGGUAAAACCAGUCAAAAUGAAGAUGAACAACUCGAUCUGACAAGACUCUAUUUUAUUCAUGUUAAACUAGGAAUGAGCAUAAUUGAAUUAAAAAAGAAAAUUCAAUCUAUAAACACAACAUUAAAGAAUGAAAGAAAUAAUUUUAUUGAAACAUUACAUGCUUCAAAUAUUUCCUUAGUAAAGGUAGAUGAAUAUGUAGAUCUUUAUGACAAAGUAAUAGAAAAUUUAACAUCAGAUACCAAAAUAGCUCUAAUGAAAUCCGAAAUUAAUAAAUAUAAUAAAAGAGAGGACAGUUCAGAAUUGAGUAUGCUUAAGAAACAGUAUGCAAGUAAUAUUGAAGAAAUUGAAUUUAAAAAAGAAUCAGUACAAACAAUUUUCAAUUAUAUGAAUAAAAUAAUAAGAACAGCAGACAACAUAAAAGAAGAAACAUGUAAUCUUGCCCAAGAUUUAAAUAACAUAAUGGGAAAUAUGUCAUGGGCAAGACCUUUGACACUAAAGCUGUUUUCUGAAGAAGUUAGGACUUUUGAUAAUUUCCCCUUGGAAUAUAAUAGAAAAUUUGUCAAUGGGAAAAAAUCAGUUUAUUUCAGGGAUAUUAGUGCCUGUGCUAUUCCAAGUUAUCUUGAUGUAGACUCAAAUACGUUAUAUAAGAUAGCAAAUAUUUUAGACAGUCCCUUGAACGUCCCAGAAAAAAUAUUAAUAAACAUUUUAAAAUCAAAAUAUAAACUUAAUGUUUUGAAAUCUCUUUCUGCUGACGAAGAAUUGCCAAAAAUAAAAAAAUAUGAUAUGUGCGACCUACUGAGCCAGGAAAGUGAUAAUGAAAAGGCAUUAGAAAGAAUUAACCAAAUUUGUAAUUCAAGCAGGUCUAAAGCAGUUAUUCACUCUUCAGACAUUAUUGAAGAAACUCUAGAUAUUUGGACUAAAAUGCCUUUGAAAGACUUUAUAUGUCCCAAAAUUCUUGUAAAUGAUAAAAACUAUAAGUAUUAUGAGGAAGAAUUUUUAAAAUUUUUUGAUUAGAAAUUGUAUUUAUUUUUUAUAUGAAUAUAUUAAUGUUUGGAA